CUCCGCCGCCGCGCCGGGAGCCCGGGCGCCUCGGGAGACCGAGGGGAGGCGGGAGGCGAGCGAGAGGCGGACGGGACCGCGCCGGGCGAGGGGAGGGCAGGGCAGGGCAGGGGGCGGUAGGAGGGGGCAGAGCGGUAGCUCUGGGUGCGAGCGCAGAGACCCCAAGCCGCAGGCUCUACUGAGCAUGCCCAGUGUAGCUGCCUGGGGCUUGCUCGGGCCGGUUCCCAGCCGCCCGCCUGCAGCUGCACUUGCUAAGGCUUUUGCAGCAACGCGAGGCGAGGAUAACGAGCUAAGCCUCGGCCUCUGCCCAGAAACCCAGCCGGAGGCAGGGUAGGCUGUUGUGGGGCGGGGGUGGAGGACUGAUGAUGAAAGCUGAGAUGGGUGCGUUGAGCAGUGUCACUGACUCGAGUCUGAGGUUACCUGUGCACAGGUGAAAAGGACCAGGUGACCACGCUGGUCAGUGUAGAGGGAAAUGCAGGGACGGUCCCUGCAAGGAGAAUACCCUCCCCCCUUGCCUCUACCCCUAGAUUUCCGCGGCGUGGACUGCAUUCGCUCUUUCCUUUUGCACCGCUGUCGGAUCACAAUCGUUCGCAGAGAUUUGACUGUAACAGCCUUUGCCUAGAGAUUCCCCCUUCCCCCAAAUCUGUCCUCAUGGUGUCAGUCUUAGCACAAAGAGCAACCUGCUAUUGUGUCGCCAGCGUGUAUCACCUCAUCCGGCUCCCUUGCAGCGCCCCACCUCUCGCUUCCCCGGUAACUCGGCUCGUUUGCCCUAAAAAUGAAAGCUCUCAGCCGAGCGUGCUGAACGUGAACACAUAGCCGUUGAAUUUCAAGGGCCCAAAGGGCACCUAUCUAAAUGAACUGAAAGAGGAUCCCUGUGAGUGGGACGCACCCCGCAGGCCUCUCCUGCGCCCGCUCCGGUGCCCCCAAGAGAGUCGAGCAUCUUUCCCCCUCGGGCUCCAGGUCGGUUCGCGGCGUCGGAGUCAAGCUCGGUUCUCAUGAGACCACCUAGCCCCGCCUCCCCUUGGCCGCCGUGAAAACCCGGCAGGAUGGAUCGCCCGGGGCCAGGCUCCGCGCGCCCCGGCCGGACCGUGCACGUUUGGGGUUACCGGGUUGAGUGGAAAGUACGGAACGGUAGGAAGCUGCAGCCCAGCGAGUGGGCGGGGCGAGGAGACCUAGGAGGGUUCAAAAGGAGGUGGAAGGAUACACGGGCCACAGUCGGAACUACUUUUCGAAGAAGGUCACGUGUGUCCCUAGUUGGGGAACUUUCCAAAUUCCCACUCCCCAGUGAUAGCUCCGGAGGCAAGUCGUCUUCCUCCUUUGCUCGGGGUGCUCUUGCCUGGUGCAGGCAGCGGAACCCCAACCUUUCCCGCGCCGCGGCGGAAACAGGGGCUCGGACCAGCCUCCCGAAGGAGCGCUGUCGGGGCUGGCGCUUGGGGAGCUGGUUACACAAGCACCCACAUCCAAACACGUGCCCCCGCCUCCCCGCCUGCUGGCUGCCGCCGAUUCUUACAGAACGCGGGGAGAGAGUCCCCAAACUGGUGCCACUCCUCGCCUGCUACCCUAAGAGCAAGCCAAAGGACUGAGACCUGAGACUCACUCCUUGCUCUAUCUACAUCGACCUAUUCUGCGCCUUCCCAAACGUGGGAAAAGGAGCUGGGCGCUAGGGGUCUCGGGCCUCUCCAUAGCUGAUGCCCUGCCGCUUAGGGUGAACCCUUUUGGUUCUGUGCUUGAGGAUAUCUCCUGCUGCAGCCCAGAGCGUGCAUUCUCCGAUGUUGCAACAAACGUCCAGUCACUACCCCUGAGCUGGUGAGCGCGCCCCACCUACUGUAGACUCAGCCAAGUGACUUAUCUGGUCUGAGAACCUAGUCAAUGGCCGUCAGCCCAGAACAAACCUGUCAAGUCUGCUUACAGCCCCGAUUGGGCUGACCUGUCACCGUGAGAGAGCUGAUUCAGAAAUGCUGAGUUGGAUCGCACUCCUACCCCGCACCCCACCCGUCAAGGAUCUACAAAACAAGUAGUCGACCCGCUUAAAGAGAAUGAGCAUCAACACCAGUCUGGGAAUUUAUUGUUUUUUCAUUUCCCUUAGGAAGUAGAACUACAGACGACAAUUUGAGUCAAAAAAUAUCUAACGAGACCUAGGUUGAAGCACUGAGUUGUUUUUCAAACUUUGAGAGAAUGAGAAUCAAUCUGCAUGUGUGUUCAAUAAUUUUAAGUGCCUAGCAAAGUCUAAAGAGGAUUUAUGCUGUAUUUGAGAAAGAGUACUGUAUAUGUGCACAUCAUAGUUGCAGGCAACCUCUGAAGACUAGAAACCUCAAGAGACCUAGCGCAGAAAGCCACAGGCCAUUACCUAACUCCGGGACUACUAAUUAAACCUGGGAUAUUUACAGUGUUCUUAGAGACCUCUGAGGCUCCAUAAAACUUUGCACUUAUAUACAGCAUUUAAGAUAGCUGUGCAGGAGUUAACAACCUGCUGAAGUUUCAGUGUUGAUAUUUAUUGAAGACUGGUUUUGUGCAUAGUUCUGGUCAGCUUGGGAAAGGCAAGGACCACAGUGGAAAAGGAAAUGGAAAGCAACCGGAAAAGAAUAAGAGAAAGGCCUCCAGUUGAUUUCCAGAGAUGCAGAUACUGUCCACACAGCCUAGGGUGAACUACAGAUUUCAUUAUUGUAUAAAUAACCAAAGAUAAGGAGUUCCUUAUGUCUAGGUGUUCUACUAGAUUGCAUGGUAAAAACCAGAGCUGUGUUUAAUUAUCAAUUACUGCGUGGUAGAAAAAGGGAAAAUGAAGAUGAACUUUUAAAAGGGGAGUAGAUUAGGGAGGGGUAAAAUGUCUCACAUUUGUUUCUUAGAUUGCUGAUCUUGUCUCCAGAGUCCCUGUUAUUAGCACUGCCCUACUCUGCCCCUCCCCUGGAGCCUACCCUAAGUGACAAUUAGUCUCAUAGCAUCUGAGAAUCUCUGAAAUCUGCUUUCAUGGAAGCAAAUGAAACAAGGGUGCAUUCCUGUCCUGGUGCGACAGAAUCCUCUUGGAUUCCAUGGCACAGAGUUACUCUGGAGCAGAGAUAAUCUGCAUCACCAGCACUAAAGUGCUAGAAUAUGAGACCAGCCUCCAAGUACUUCCAUCUGGCUGAAGAAAGAAAAUGGGAAAUGGGUUUUACUGCUUCUCUAAACAUCAGGUCCCUCUACUUCUCUCUAGUGGUGAAUGAAAGGAUCAUCAAUGUUGGCAGAUAUUUGGCCAGCCCAACAGCAACAUCAGGUGGUUAUUAGGAGUUGGUGAAUAAAGUCCUCCUUCUGUUCCUAGUGUUAAGUUGUUUCUGAAAGAAAUACUGAUGCAUCCUUUUCCAAGUUUUUGUUUUUCUUUACCUUUCUACCCAAAUGGCUGGCCCUAUCUAAACUAAAGAAAGUUUCAAAAAUAGUACUUUUUUAAAGUUCAAUUGAAAAUACCUGCUUGGUUGUAUAGAUAUUACAAUACACUGGUCUCCAAGCACUUCAGUUCUUUUUUUUUUUUUUUUUUUUUUUUUGAGACGGAGUCUCACAGGCUGGAGUGCAGUGGCAUGAUCUCGGUUCACUGCAACCUCUGCCUCCCGGGUUCAAGCAAUUCCCCUGCCUCAGCCUCCCGAGUAGCUGGGACUACAGGCGCACACCAUCAUGCCGGGCUAAUUUUUUGUAGUUUAGUAGAGACAGGGUUUCACCAUGUUGGUCAGGAUGGUCUCGAUCUCCUGACCUCGUGAUCUGCCCGCCACGGCCUCCCAAAGUGCUGGGAUUACGGGCGUGAGCCACCGCGCCCGGCCAUACUUAGUUCUUUACCUGUCUGGAUUCAGAACCAGCAUACCAUAGGGAGAAGUAGAAGCUUGUAACAAAGGGACAAUUAUAUAAAGCUUCAGGGUGACUAUGUAGAUUGAUUAGUAAGCAUGAUAAACCAGCUUUAAUUAUCGUUUCUAACAGCUGAUUCCAAAACUCUAUUGUUACUACACCAAAAUAAUGUCGAAAGAAAAUUUCUUUCUUAUUUUCUUUGAUAAGCGAAAUGACCAGCAACUUGAUGUGGAUGAUAUAAAUACUUGAUGUGCUCUUUGUAGGUCAUCUGCUAAGAUGUCUUUUGUGUAAACACUCUGAUCUCUAUAGUGCCUUUCUCAUCUCCCAUACACUGACCUUUCAAAAAGGGAUCUAACUCAAUAGCUUUAAUUUUUAAACAAUCUUCUGUAUUUCUGUCUGUUUAACUACUGUUUUCUAAAUAAUACAGAAUAUAAAAACAUAAUAAUCAUUGGAUUGAAUGUAAACCCAUUGUUCCAAGGGUCUGAGGUUUUCCCCUUAUUUCAUUUAUCCUAAUAACAAACAUUAUUGUUCUUUCAAUAAAGAUAAUUUUAAGACAUUCUCCAAAAGGCGCUACUGUGGGUCAUACAAGUAACUAUAUUCUAAAAGAGAAUUUUCCAUUAUUGUCUACAA